GAACUUGUCAUCAGAGAUUCCGGAUGUCGGCUUCGCUAAGAGGAAAAUUUGUUUUUCAGCUUCUCAUUCUUGACAGCUUGUUUGCAACGGAGCUGCGGAGAGUAAAUGUAGAAAAUUAGGCAUUCAGCUCAACGUUUCGACGGUACAAAAUCUGAUUGGGAUGGUAUCAUGGAGAGAGACAAUCAUCAAGAAGGAGAGGGAGUGAAGAUUUGUGAUCCCCCAUCUGAAAGCUGUCUAUCUGCUGACACCUUGGCAACUUCUCUCUCCCUUUUGGGGAAUCACAUGUUUCCCGAACCAGUGGUUAGAACAGUCAUUGCCGAAGAGGAGCCCGCAAAGUCACAUCUGUCAGAUGGCACCACGGAGGAGCCCGGUCUGGAGGUGGAGCCCCCUUCUCACCAGAUAGCAGAGCUAGAGAGCGAAGAGACAGAAAACUCGGAGUGCGAUAAAGACGUGUCCACCCAGCCAGCUGAUGGGGAUACGGAGGACGCUGCUGUCGACAAUGACCAGAGUGACUCCGGGGAGUUCGUUGUCACGAUGCUGGCCAAGGCCAAGCUGGAGGAACAAGGCAUUGGCGUGAAAGGGAGAUCAUCUCCCUUGCUGGAGGCAGGCACCCCCGAAUCUCCUGCCUUCGCGUCUCUUCGUGAUGAAGAUGUAACGGCUGACAGCUGGCGGCAGCACAGGAAGCACGUUUUUGUGCUAAGCGAAGCUGGCAAACCCAUCUAUUCAAGAUACGGUAGCGAAGAGGCUCUUUCAUCUACAAUGGGAGUCAUGAUGGCACUGGUGUCUUUUGUCCAAAGUGGAGAUAAUAUCAUCCGCUCAGUCUAUUCAGAUAAGCACACCGUAGUGUUCUUGCAGAAGGGACCACUGGUGUUGGUGUGUGUCUCCAGCAGUCAUCAGUCUGAGCAGCAGCUUCGUGGGGAGCUCCUCUACGUGUACUACCAGAUCAUCAGCAUGCUCACCCAGGCCAGCAUUUCCCGCAUCUUUGAACACAAGAAAAACUACGACCUGAGGAGACUCCUAGCAGGCUCAGAGAAGAUCCUCGACGGCCUUCUCAACCUGGUGGAUUCAGACCCCAGCUUCCUGCUAGCAGCAGUGCAUUGCUUGCCUCUUGCUUCCUCUCUCAGGGACUCUCUCAGCCAGAUCCUGCAGAAAGCUAUCACUCCCAAUCUGGUUUUCUCGAUCCUCAUUGCCAAGAACCAGCUGCUUACCAUUGUUCAAGAAAAGACCGUCAUCGAGGACACGAGGCUGGAGCCGGCUGACGUCCACCUGCUGCUCAACCUCAUUGGAGCCUCCUCUGCCUUUCAGGCUGGGGAGAUCUGGACUCCCAUCUGCCUCCCACUCUUUAAUCCUGACUGUUACUUUUAUGCAUACAUUUCUUACCUGGACCCUCCAGAAUGCACUGUGUGCCUGCUGCUGCUCUCGACAGACAAGGAAGCUUUUUACUCUGUAGCCGAGUGCAAAAGGAAGAUAGAGGAGGCCAUGGUGGCUCAGAAUUCCCUGAGCCUCAUCGCCAAAGCCCAGUCUUAUAGCGUGAGCCAGGUGGGCGUCUCUGACCUCAGACACUUCAUGUACAAGCCCUUUGAUGUGCCAGACAACUAUCGCCAACUCACUCAAUUCACCAGCCCAGAGAUGGAGGCGCCGUACAGCAGUGAAGAGGAGAAAAUGAGACUCCUGGAUCUUUAUCGUUAUAUGCACAGUCGCAUGCACAGCACCUCGCGACCCCUCAAGCUCAUCUACCAUGUCGCUGAGAGGGAAACUCUGCUGGCCUGGGUCACGAGUAAAUUCGAGCUGUACACCUGCUUCAGCCCCUUGGUGACGAAGGCCUGUGCAAUCACAGCUAUAACUAAGCUCCUAAGAUGGAUCAAAAAGGAGGAGGACCGUCUUUUCAUCAGAUAUCCCCCAAAGUAUUCAACCACUCCGAACCCCAGCAAGAGCUCUCGAGGAGGCAAAUCUGACCAGCAAGACUCCACAGAUAACGGCUUCUUAUCUCUUCUAUAGAACUCUGUUAGCGCUGCGGCAGUGGCUCUGCCUCAUUCAACAAUAGUUUGUACACUGAUUCCAAGAUAGUUUUGAACCCUCUUUUGACUCCUGUUGGACUUGACAGACAUUGUCUGGAUUCAAACACUACAUUUUACGUUAUUUAAGAAGUUCUGGUCUCAUUGAAGCUAGUAUUAUUCCUUUACGUUAACAGGAAAGCACUUCGCGGCAUCUCUGCUUUCGAACAGAAACAGUCAGGGCAAAACCUCACUAGUACAUUUUAAAUGAACUGUGGUAGAAUGUGAUUGCAAUGAUAUUUAAAUGUUUUUAUAUAGUUUUAUUACAGCAGCAAGAGAGAACCUUUCCUCAUGGACAGUGAAUGUGUCUCCGAUGACGACCGUUCAUUCAGAUGCUAAAGCUAUUCAUUGUGUUUUUCUCUUGAGAAAAAUGAACAUAAAAACUACCUUUCUCGGACUAGGUCACAUAUACAAAACAGGAUAUGCAAGAAUUUAUGUGUAUGUUGCGUUCUGGAGAUCAGCAUAAACUGGAAUAACAGCGACUGGAAGAGCUAAACGAGGGACAGGCCACCACGUGUCAUACAGACAAAUUAGAUUAUUCAGCCCUGUGGAGGAAUUUGAAUACAUGGCAUUUGUGCUUUGACUAAAACAGGGUUUCAGGACUUAUUCAUGUUAUAUUUUGGAAAACACCGCCUGAUGAUUUAACACGAUUAUUGUCACCAUCAGUGUUUUCCUUGAAAUAAUCCUAUUGUCUCUUUAUCAUCUCUUCAGCUAAGAAGAUGCCACUGAGCCCAGUGCAAUGAUUUCUUUUCUUUCUUUUUUUUUUUUUCUGGAGAUACUUGUAGUAUGAUUAUCAUCUGACACCUCAUAUAGUGAGCUCAGAUGAUUUAUCUUUUGGGAUAAUAGUUUUGUAAAGAUGGUCUAUAAACCGUAGCCUCAUCCCUGUGUCCUCUGAGGAACUUCUUGUCAAAUCAAGUCUUAAGAAUUUGUCUGUAGUAUUAUGAAAUAAAUCCCAGGUUGCACAAA